GGUUAAUUUUGUCCCUGAAUUAUGUUAAUUUCAGGUCAGUUAAAUGUCUACCAUACAAUUCCAAGACAUGAAUUUAAAAUUGAUUCCCUGUUGUCACGUAGAAAAUGAUCUCCCGAGGCAACUAGCAAAACCCAUCACGUUUCACAACCGUGCUCUAACUAACAAAACCAAACUGUCGAAAAAGAAAAAAACUUAAAGCUUCAAAGAAAAAAAGAAAAAGACAUCACGAGCAGUCAAUAAGCACCAAAAAAAAACAAAAGUUAAACUUUGAAGUCAACAGUCAGCGGGAGAAUAGAACCAGCGAUGAAGGCAAAAUUCUUCGAGUCUAAAUACAUAAUACAGAAUAUGGGUUUGGACUUUGGUCUGGUCGGCUGCAAGUUCCCGCUAAUCAAAGUGUAAGACAAUAAAAUAGUAGAAUGGUUUGUCCCCUCUACGCCUAACCCAACAACGACCUCGACGAUGCCCAUAGCAUAAAAGAGCUCAAAAAAAAAAAAAAAAAAAAAGCAAAAGAAACAAGCCAUUACCUACAUUAUAGUAUAGUACAUCGAAAGAAACUUUGCACCUUUUUCCAGCCUUCUCUUUUCUCUUUUUUUUUUUUUUUUGUUACUUUUAUUUCUCUCUCUCUCUCUCUCUCUCUCAUCUUUUCUUUCUUCUUUUUAUUCAUUUUCUCGAUACUUUUCCUCAAACACCUUGUUUGCUUUGCAGUCAUUCACUGUAUUAACCUGUUUUAUCAUCUAUAUUUCUUCGGAUGAUUUGCUUGUUUGAGUGAUGAGAAGAUAAGGAAAAAGAAUCAAUGGAGGGAGCGGAGUUGGAACUGGAGAGGAGGAGUAGGUUCUUGAGCAGUUUGAUAGAGAAAAAGAAAGCUAAAGAGCAACAAGAUCAAUAUGAUAGGCUAAAUGUACGUGUUAGAGCUUCUGAUAUGCCAAUUCCAUUGCAGACUCGAGCUUUUAGGUGUGCUCGUGAUCAGCUUGAUUCUAUGUUGCCUGGAAAGCUUGACAGCAAACGCGUUGCUCUUGCUCUUAAGAAGGAAUUUGACUCCGCAUACGGUCCGGCUUGGCAUUGCAUAGUGGGGACUAGCUUUGGUUCAUAUGUUACUCAUUCCAUAGGAGGCUUCUUGUACUUUUCAAUUGACAAGGUUUACAUCCUACUUUUUAAGACUGCUGUUGAGCCUUUAGAUCAUUGAUGGUUUGCAAAUUUGAGUUCCACAGUAGUCUUUAUUUUUAUGGAUAUCAUAAAAUUCCAUCUUUUGUAUUUUUAAUUACAGAUUAUAAUCCAAUUUUUUUCCCAUCU